AUAAAUAAAUUCUGGCAUCGACACGUAAAGGAGACUCCACUCACAGAAAGACAGCACACAAUUCCUUUCCCACCAUGUUCAUUAUUCCCAUUGUCUACGUUUACUGUUUAUAACUGAAUCUAAGACAACAUAAAUUUAACAUCGUGUUUCUCGUUUUGAUCUUGUUCCUGUGGUUAGAGUUUAGAAUUUGAAGUAGUAGCUGCAUUCCAUUUUUCUCCCCUUGGAAGCACGAGGUGAAACAGAUGGCAUUGACUUUGAAAGAGGAAGACGCAGCUGACUGGGUUUACAGAGGGGAAGGAGCAGUUAAUCUUGUGCUCGCUUACGCUGGAUCCUCACCUUCUUUUAUUGGGAAAGUGGUCCGCAUACGUAAGGCUCCAAGGAAUGGAUCGCAGUCAAAGAGUGUGAGUGUGAGGAAUAGCAUAGCUUUGACUCCACAUGAACGUGUUCUCUGGAAAGAUGUGCAUCAACUUAUCUCCUCUUCAGACAAGGAAAUAGUUGGUCAACUAUAUGUGCAGCAUGUUAUGAAGCCUUUGCUUGGUUCCAACUCUGUUGAUGCUGGGAUGCACGUCCUGGUGACCAGGGAAUUCCUUGAGUUGGUUGAGAAGAAUGUUUCUGGUCAACGUCCUGCGUGGCGAGUUGAAGCUGCCAGGGUUGAUGCACAUUGUGAUUUUGGCCUUCUCAUGUCAGAUCAUUCUCUCUUUGCUUAUGGCAGUCAAGGAUCUAGCCUCUGCUUAUCUGUUGAGAUAAAGCCCAAAUGCGGAUUUCUUCCUCUUUCAAGAUUCAUAUCUGAAGUAAAUGCUAUCAAAAGGAGAAUAACCCGAUUUGAAAUGCACCAAACUCUGAAAUUGCUUCAAGGAGAGAUAUCGCAACUAAGUGAGUACAAUCCACUUGAUCUGUUCUCUGGAUCCAAGGAAAGAAUUCUGAAAGCUAUUAAAGGUCUCCUUACAACUCCUCAAAACAAUUUUCGUGUAUUUUUGAAUGGCUCUCUCAUACUUGGAGGACUGGGAGGUGUUGCAAAAAAUACAGAUGUUUGUAUUGCUAAAGCAUUUGAAGAUGAACUUAAGUCAAUCAUUCGAGCUGAUGAUGAUCUAUGUACAAAUAACUUAUCUACUCUUGUUACUGAGGCUUUGCAAAAAUCAGGAGUCCUUGAUAAGCUCCUGAAGGUGCAGAAGCUUGAUAAUAUUGACAUAGAAGGGGUCAUCCAUGCAUAUUAUAACAUUACUUCUCAACAGUGCAUGGUGUGUAAGGAAUUGAGUGAAGAACAGGCAAAAAUAUAUACCCCUUUGCAUUCAGCUUCACUGGAUGAAAGUUUGAGAAUUGUAAAGGACUACCUGAUAGCAACAACUGCAAAAGACUGCAGUUUGAUGUUGUGUUUUAGACCAAGGAAUGAGGAGGAUUCUGGAUCUGUGUACGAUAAUGUAUAUCUGGACUCAACGGAGCAAUCCUUUGAUUAUAAGGUGUAUUUUAUCGACCUUGAUUUAAAGCGCUUAAGUAAAGUGGAAGACUACUAUGAAUUAGAUAAGAAGAUAGUGAACUGCUACAGACAAAUCAUCAAAAUGGAUCAAGGAAGAAAUGAAGAGACAGGCUUGAAGGCAUCUAAUGCUGCAUAUUGAGAUUUAAUAGUCUGUAGAUAUGUGGCCCACGACAAGUCUCAAGGACAGAUGUCAAUUUCACAGUUUUUUGUCGGCUAACGCUUUUGGUUCAAUCAGCCGGGAAAGGAUAACAUCGAUUGGAUUUAAAAAAUUUUGAGACUAAAUUACGAUGUUCAUGUUAACUAUAAUCAUAUUUAACUGAUUUUAUAAUAACUAGACCAGUGAACAUGCUCUGCACGGGCAACACUGUUUGUUACAGAAAAUUUAACCAUAAAUAUACUUCGACCUAGAGUAUAUUUAGUUUCACCUAGGUCGGAGCAUCUUCUCCUCAGCCUCGAUUAGGAUAUUUUUGGUUUGACCACGGCCAAGGCCUAAAACAUCUUCAUCUUCAACUUUGGUCUUGGAUUAAAAAUCAAAACCAGUUAUAUAAUCAGUUUUGGAUAUGUAACUGAUUAUAUAGCCAGUUUUUUAAAAUUCAAAACAAGCUUUACACAGAUACCAAACUCGGUUAUGAAAAAUAAGUUAUGAUUAUGGUUAUGAAAUCCAACUUUCAUAUGAUUACAGUUAGGUUAUUCAAAUAACCUGACCCAUGAACACCCAUACCACUCAAGGCGCAUGUGGUCUUUGUAUUGAACACCUUUUCAAAAUUCCAUAAUUAGACUAAUUCUAGACAGUUCUCUCACUCAAACUCGACACCAAAAUUUAGAACCAAGUUCUGAUUACCAAAAUGGCUCAAAGAACUCAAGAAAAAGAAGAGAACACUCUCAAAUAUAUAUAUAAAAAAGUUAAAACAAGGAGAAACUCUAUUUAUACUAAUUCUACAUAGCUAUUCUGGUCCAAAAAUUAGAGAAAAUUAUACAAGAAUAAAUUGAUUAAAGAAAUUAUAAAAACAUUUCCUUCACUGGUACUUAAUAGAAAUUUUGUUGUACAUUCUUAUCUUAAAAAAGUGUUGACAGCACAAUUGAAAAGCUGCCAUGAACUAGAAGUUAAUUCAAACCGUGUCUACUAAAGAGGUUUAAUUUUCCUUUCUUUCAAUAAAGACUCAGGAGUCAAGACACAUACUAGAAAUAUAUAUCUCAAGCUCAAGUAGAAGAAAAGGUACCUAAAGUAGUAGAUGCUUUUUGUAUGCAUUUAGUUCACUUGGGAGCGCAUAAUAGUUGACAAGACAUUAACUUAAAUUCCGACCAGCAUUUAUCACCAGUUACCCACAACUACCAGCACUGACACAGUGACACUCCAUUAACUCUUCAACUAAACUUCUUGAGUAGAA